AUGGGGAUCGUGGACACCAGCGCACGCCUUUCACAGCUGAGGCAGCUGAUGAAAGAGCACAACGUCGAAGUUUACACCACCAGUCCGAAUACAUUGCCCCUUGUGAUGCUCGCCGAGGUCAGCAAACCGGACCCUGAGUACCCCGACCUGAGGAUUACGGCUGACAAUCCUUCACUUGCAGCGUUCAUUUCGGGCUUCACUGGCUCAGCCGGUACUGCAGUCAUCUCCCUUAGCCAGGCCGCGCUCUCCACCGAUGGACGGUACUUUAACCAGGCUGCGAAGCAGCUUGACGACAACUGGACCCUCUUGAAGAGUGGAAAUGAGGGUGUCCCGACGUGGCAAGAAUGGACUAAGGAGCAAGCCCUGGGUGGAAAGGCCGUGGGCGUUGACCCGUCCUUGAUCACUGCCGCUUCCGCACGCAAAUUGGCCGAGUCCCUUGAGAAACAAGGAUCGUCACUUGUGGGAAUCCAACAAAACUUGAUUGACUUGAUUUGGGGGGAAGCUCGCCCCGCGCGUCCGAGUGAAAAGGUGCGGGUGCACCCGGUGAAGUAUGCUGGCAAGAGCUUCCAAGAUAAGAUCGCCGAUCUGCGCGAGAAAAUGGAGGCAAAGAAACAAGCCGGCUUCAUCAUCUCGACCUUGGAUGAAAUUGCUUGGUUGUUCAACCUGCGAGGAAGCGAUAUUCCCUACAACCCUGUUUUCUUCUCCUAUGCCGUGAUUACCCCAACUACUGCGGAGCUUUACGUUGAUGGCGACAAGCUCACACCUGAGGUCAAGGCUCACCUUGGUGACGAUGUGGUCAUCAAGCCUUAUGAAUCCAUCUUUGCUGAUGCUCAGGCCUUGAGCAGCCAAUCCAAGGGUGACAAAUCUGUUAAGUUCCUGUUGUCCAACAAGGCUUCCUGGGCGCUCAGCCUUAACUUGGGAGGUGAGGACCAGGUCGAGGAGUCCCGUAGCCCGAUUACAGACGCAAAGGCUGUCAAGAACGAGGCUGAACUGGAGGGCAUGCGCGCCUGUCACAUCCGAGAUGGCGCCGCUUUGACAGAGUAUUUUGCAUGGCUCGAGAAUGAGCUAGUUAACAAGAAGACUGUGCUGGAUGAAGUCGAUGCCGCGGAUAAGCUUGAGCUGAUCCGCUCCAAGCACGACCUGUUUGCUGGGCUUUCGUUCGACACUAUCUCAUCCACUGGCCCUAAUGGUGCUGUGAUCCACUACAAGCCUGAGAAGGCAAGCUGUUCGAUCAUUGACCCCAACGCUAUCUACCUCUGCGACUCUGGCUGCCAGUACUUUGAUGGAACGACUGAUACCACCCGUACUUUCCACUUUGGCCAGCCCACUGAAUUUGAGAAGCGAGCCUUCACUCUCGUCCUCAAGGGCUGCAUUGGCAUUGACACUGCAGUUUUCCCUAAGGGCACUAGCGGCUUUGCUAUUGAUGUUCUGGCCCGCCAGCAUCUGUGGAAGGAGGGUCUGGACUUUGCCCACGGUACCGGCCACGGUGUCGGUUCUUUCCUGAAUGUUCACGAGGGUCCUAUUGGUAUUGGAACUCGUGUCCAGUACACCGAAGUCCCUAUUGCGGCCGGAAAUGUCAUCUCGGAUGAACCCGGAUACUACGAGGAUGGCAAGUUUGGAAUUCGUAUUGAGAACAUUAUUAUGGCACGCGAGGUCAAAACCCCUAACAAUUUCGGCGAUAAGCAAUGGCUGGGCUUUGAGCACGUUACCAUGACCCCGAUUGGCCUCAACCUGAUUGAACCGUCAUUGCUGAGCGAUUCUGAGAUCAAGUGGGUGAAUGACUACCACUCUGAGGUGUGGGACAAGACACACCACUACUUCACCUCGGAUGAAUUGACCCUUAAGUGGCUCGAGCGUGAGACCAAGCCAAUCUCCAAGUAG